UAAACGCCCUACUGGUCGUGCGUUGUGCAGUUAUAUAACAACCUCCCCAACAGCUCUGCGUAUCUGACAGCUCAAAACCUCGCACGCAAGGCGACAGAAGGAUCUACCAAGCUUGCUGAGCAUCUACGGGCGGUUGAGAAGAUCGACAGAAAUGGCCAACACGUUACGUUCUACCCUCCUGAUCACUGCAGCACUCGUGGUACUGCUGGCUUUCUUUGGCACAGCCUCGGCGCAAACAACUGCAGCCCCGACCACUCCCGCCGUGACGGGGGCCGCUACAAACAGCACCGACAUGCGUUACGAAGUCGUGCUGGUGUACGAGUCAAUUUCCAUCUGGACCACCAUCCUCAUGCUGACCAUUCUUGUGGCAGACGCGUGCAUGAGCUACAGCGUGGUGAUGCAUGUGGCGAGUAUCGGGCCGCUCUUCAACAUGCUGCUAGCCGGGGCGGCGCUCACUAUGGCACCGCUACUCGGAGGAGACAGCAAGCAAGGGGGAUUUAUGGUCAUUAUGAUCCAGAGCAGCGUCGUGGCCGUGCUGAGCUUCUUCGCCGCCUUUGCUGGAUUCAAGUCAAAGAAGGAUACUGCUGACCCCGAAAAGCGCCUCCUACCGGUUGGCACCAUCUCCCUGUUGCUGACCUGUGGACUCAUGCCCGCCAUCGCAGGGACCUGCAUCUCAGCACUCAGCGUGGCAGAAGGUUACCAGUGGCCCGGCAUUAUCAUGGGCAGCAUCUGUAUCGGGCUGAUGACCUCCAUCAUGAUCUGGUACAUCACCCGUGUCUCGACCAAAAACAGGGUCGCCAAAGUUGCUGAGACUUCGAAUGAUGUCAGCAUGGCGGCCAAGUACUGAGUGAGCCAAGAAGGUGGAAAAGAGACGU